UUGAAAGUUUAAGACGAUGGUGGACGUAACAGCUGGCUUGGGCAGUUUUUCUUUUGAGACUGGACUGACCGAGGAGGAGAAAGAGUUUAUACAUCUUCGUGCACGCGCCGCUGGCCUGACAUUUUGCGGGUGCGCGCACGCGGUGUUCCUGUGCAAACUCGCGCAAUCGCUGAGAUGUAUGAUCCGAAGUCGCACUGCAAACAGAGGCUCACUGGCAUCUAAAGAAGACAGAGACCUCUGUGUUGGGAUUCUGGGGAUGGGUCACCUUGGAAAACAGUUGCUCAAGUCCCUCCUUGAAAAGCACAGCAUCAAACCUUCAAACAUUAAGAUCUCCAGUAGAAGACCAGAAUCUACAGUGGAAUUUAUGCCGGCCGGGGUUGAAUGUUUCUUCAACAACAGCAGACUGGCAGCAGAGGCAGACAUAUUAUUCCUUUGCUGUCUGCCCUCUGACCUCCCUAAAGUUUGUGCUGAUCUCCGCUCUAAUCUAUCAAAGCACUGCCUUGUGUACAGCUUCACUUCAGCUGUGCCUGUCUCGAGAUUGGCACAGCUUCUUGGACAUGACUUUAUUCUCAAUCCUCAGUAUGACUUUGUGACUGGUGAUGCUGCAGAAGUGUGGCGGUCCUGCAUUCAUUUAAAAACAGUCUUAACUGAUCCUUUGUUGAUAAGGGCUUCCUGUCCUCUUACAGGGAGUGGCGGCAUUUCUCUGGGUCUAAACUGGGUGUGUGCAGCGUUGUACAGCCUGCUAAAUAUCUGCACCGUGGCCAGACUGGGAUCUAGUGAUGCUCUCUGUCUGAUCAACAAAGUCCUUCAAGAGAAAGGGACUCACGCUGUGGAAUUAAAUGCACAGAAUUUCAUAAGUGCAUCAUGUGCAUCUUCUCUUCUAUCAGGGGAGCCCUUCCCCUGGAUUUCUCUCACUGAUGCCCAGACCAAAGACACCCCACUGCAGUGCUUUCUAUCAAGAGACAAACCUAUGAGACAAUGCAUCUCUGCAGUUUACAAGUUACUGAUGCAAGAUUAGACCACACCAUCUCUGAGUAUCUUCCAAGAUAUUGUCUUUGUAAAACAGUAAAAAGCAGAAAUUGUCAACAUCUCCUUCAAUACAUUGCAAUGCUUUGUAAAUAAAAUCAGUUCAUGGAAGAAGAAAAAAAAAAAAAAA